CAAACUUCUAAGAGUAGACCAGUGUGAACUUUUUUCACCAUGGGCAAGCUGACGGUCGAGGCUACAGGAAAGACAGGCCCAGAGGACCCGCCUCCCUAUCCUUUGGAGCCACUCCCAACCAAGCCUGGUCUCCAGACUAACAUCGUGAUGCCAGAGGCGGUGCCUGGGUAUCCACCGACUCGCCCCAGACGGUGCCCGAAGAAGUGUAAGACCAUCGCCCUGGUUACCGUCUGUGUGGUGCUGGUGGUGGCGCUGGUCAUCCUCGGGGUCAAGCUGGCCAAGAAACAUAAGAUGGCCGAGAAACAUGGCUGCAGAGACCGUGGAGAGGAAGGGCCCAUGGGGGAUGACGACUGCGAAGAGAUGGAGGACAUGGAUGAGAUGGACGAUGAGGAAGAGCAGUCGGAUGGGCAAGACGGAGAUCGCGGCGAGCAGAAUCCUAAUCGUCGCAGCCAUGAUUGCAUUGGAGAAUCUAAUUAUUGCUUAUAAUUAUUGCAACUAGUAUUAUAACAAGUUUUUUCCCAUUGCCCCCUUGAGAGCUCGGGAGAUAUAUCUCUCCGUUGGAAUGCCGUGAGAGAGAUGAAUUGUCUUAACUGGUUCUCCCACUAACGGAGACUUCUUGGAAUGUCAGUGUGACGUCACAUCUCCCUUGCGUCAUAACUCACUACUUGUAAGCCAAUCAAUGUGAAGACACUCAUCUUGUGCCAAUCAGAUUCCGAAACAACAAAUCAUAUAAAUGACGUAUUAGGCUUUUAGUCUUGGCCUUGCCUCGUGGCGGGAGAGACAAUGAGACAGAGAGAGUCAGAGAAGGAGGGAUGAUCGACGACUUAGUAGGGUUCUGAGAUAGAGCGGGGGUUUUGUUCCGUGGCUGGGUGUCUUUGCAUGACUGGCUGGCUACAUUCUACAUCGCGGGUAAACCUAGUAGUUAGAAAAGUCUACAUGCGUGGAGUUGCCGUCACGGUAACUGUUUACGCCUCAAGUUGUUUGUGUUUCACGGUGAUUGCCGAUGAAUGUACAUCCUUGGUUUUGCAACAAUAAAAUGGGAAGAAAUGAUCUUGUUGUUUCUUUCCUAGACAUGCCAUAGUCAC